GUUCGAUGGUUAACUAUCUUUAGUUAUCCAACAUCUUAGUUGCCUGUGCACUGAGGUUACGCGCAUACAUUUCUGGGGGAGGGCGGGAGUGGAGGGAACUGCCUGAUGUAACCUUAUCGACUGGUAGUGAAGAGCAGCGUCGACUUUUGUUAAAAUAAACCGUGAUCUUCCGUCUGCGAGGGCGAGAGUGAGACAAGAGGACGACAAUCCGUGUUCUCUGUUUGUUUAGAGAAAAUAAUACUAUAUAAGCAAAGUUGAACAACUCUUUCAUAUUUAAGCUAUAUAGUUAUUUAUCUAUCUUAUCUGUGUGAAGAUGAACGGGGUAACGCGGAGUCUGUGUACAUUUGAGGACCUCAGAGCUGAUGAGAGAACAGCGGAUGGGUGCAGGAGACUGAGGCUGACUCUCCACCAGCAGAACCAGGUCGGGAGGAUCACAGAACAACCCAGGAGCAAGCCAAUCGGACGAGCGUUUGCUCUGGUGCAGCCAACCAGUGAUAGGCCUGCUCUGAAGCCUGAACCAAUCAAACCCUAUGAGGAGAAGGCUGAAAAGGUUGAGGUCAUCAAGGUGUAUCUGGAGGAUCGUAGACAGGAGCAGCAGAGACACCAGCAGAGCCUCAAGAUGUUGUCAGAUGAAGUCUCCCAGAUACAGGAGGUGAGAUAUUGUCUGAAGACCCUGAGGGAACAGAUGGCAACCAAGAACAAAGGACAACACAAGGUUCUUGCUAGUGGCUACAGAGUCAGCACUCCCUCCAAUCAGAACAUCUCUUCUUCCUCAAAGGGAGGAGCUAAAGAUGAUGGGCAGGGAGGGGAGGAUGAGGUGGAGAGGGCCAAGAUGAGGGAGGUCAGUAAGCGUCUGUAUGCUCAGCUACAGGAGGCUGAGAAGAAACACCAGGAGGAGAGAGAGAGACUGCAGACUGAGGGUGUGGAUCUGCGCCAGCGUCUGGGGGAGCAGGAGGAGAAGCUGAAGGGGGUGGAGGAGAGUAGUGAGAGGAAGGACCAGAGGAUUGAGGAGCUCCAGAGGCUGCUGGGAGGCAUGGCACAGGAGAGCCAAGCCCUACGAGACACACUGAGGAACAGAGAGGAAGAACUCAGAGAAUUACGCAAGAUCAGAGAGGAGGGCAGGAACGAGGAGCAGAGGUCAGAGCAGUUGGAGAAGGAGCUGGCCAUUCUGAAGGAGAAGAUCCAUCAUCUAGAUGACAUGCUGAAGAGCCAGCAGAGGAAAGUCAGACACAUGAUCGAACAGCUGCAGAACUCUCGUAUGGUGAUCCAGGAGAGGGACCGUGUCAUCAGAGAUCUGGAGGAGAAGGUGGCUUUCCUGGAGGCAGAGAAUCGGGAGAUGCAUGAUCAGAUGGACUACUUCCUGGGAGGUGAAAGGUCAAACUCGCACCUCUCAUCAGACCGCCACGCCCAGAUUGUCUAUAGUAAGCCUUUGAAGCCCAGCAACUCGUCCAACAAGCCUCUUCCCUUCAUCAAAAUCAUUGAGACCAAGUCCUGAACUGGUGAAAGCGAGGCUAACCUAACGACACCAAACCUGCUAAGCUAAACAACAACGGACUGAAAUAGACCAUCACCACAUUACUACCACACCAACAUCACAGUGCACGUAUGAAGUUUAAACUGAGGUGACCACAACAACAUCACAUCAACUGACCACCAUCACCCAAUAUGCAAUGUGUGUGUGUCAGAGGAGGCUGGUGGGAGAAACUAUAGAAGGAGGGGCUCAUUGUUUUUUUAACCUUUAUUUAACUAGGCAAGUCAGUUAAGAACAAAUUCUUAUUUUCAAUGACGGCCUAGGAACAGUGGGUGAACUGCCUGUUCAGGGGCAGAAUGACAGAUUUGUACCUUGUCAAAUCUAGUAACCUUCCGGUUACUAGUCCAACGCUCUAACCACUAGGCUACCCUUCCGCCCCAUUGUAAUGUCAUGGAACAGUCAACUGUUCCCAUAUGUUUUCUGUGUUUCAUACCGUUACAUGUAUUCCUCCUAUAGCUCCUCCCACCAGCCUCCUCGUGUGUGUGUGUGUGUGUGUGUGUGUGUGUGUGUGUGUGUGUGUGUGUGUGUGUGUGUGUGUGUGUGUGUGUGUGUGUGUGUGUGUGUGUGUGUGUGUGUGUGUGUGUGUGUGUGUGUGUGUGUGUGUGUGUGUGUGUGUGUGUGUGUGUGUGUGUGUGUGUGUGUGUGGGGUUUUGGAUUGUGUAUGGACGUUGAUGUAGAUAUACUUAUAGAGUUGAUUCUCAAUAGAAGUCUAUUUAUUCAUAGCAGACAGAUGAUUCUUUCUAACCCAGUGUCAUAAUCUAUUGUCAUCUGUUGAAGUCCGUCUGAAGGACUUUACUACUGACAGAGAGGACCAGAGACGGUGUGAUAGCAGUACCCUGUGGUUAGUAAGGGUCUGAUAACAGACCCAGUCUUUGGCCUCAGAGAGGAGGCAACCAUGCCAGGCUGGGCCAUAACAGAGAAAUAAAAUGGCCGAUGAGUGAGAGGGGGAUCGAAGAGAGAGAUCUGUAUUCAACUAAUCAGAACACAACCAGUUUGUCAUCUUUUUACCAUGGCACCAAGGCAGGAUAGAGUGAGUGUUGCUACACUAUACAGGUAUUGGAGAAGCAGAAAGACAUUAAGGAGAGAGGAUAUAGUUUUCCAUCAAACCCUUCUGUAACCCAUUAACCUACUUCCUGUGUCUGUGGCCUAGAGUCCACUGUUAGAAUCCUCUUUAUUUGACACCUGAAAGGGAGGAAGACAAUCUUUGACUUUUUGUAAAUAUACUUAUAUGGUCACGUAACGGCCACAGUGAUGUGUCGUGGUUUAUACAAAGUUAUGAAGGCCAUGUUUGUUAUUUUGUUCGUUGAGAAAGUGUGAUGUUUGGUCUAGUAUGUGUGGAUUAGAAGUCCCCUCACCAAUACUGAUGCCACUUUGAAGUCUAAAGGAAAUGAAGAUGAUUCAUUCUGACAAGUACUUACUAACCUUGCAAGAAGUUGACAUUAUCCACAUUUUUGCAUUUCAGUUACCUGACGUUUCAUCCACCAUCACCAGCUUUGUACAUAACUAUAUUUAUUUGUUUAUGUGGUGUUCUUUGAUGUCCCUGUAGUCUCACUCUGGGAUUUGUUUGUUAGUUUUAUCCUUCAGACAGGAAUGUUUGGCCUGACACUUUAGUGUGUGACAAUCAUCUUUAUGUAUUUAUGUGAAAAUACAACUUUCAUUUUAGGGAAAACAUUUUCAGUAGACAUGUUAGUGUGUGUUAACAACAUAUAUAGUUUGUGUUUUAGUUAUUUUAAUAAAUAUAUGAAAAUA